AUGAGUCCUUCCGGUGUUCAAGAUCAACUGAACUUGACCAAUGCGAAUUAUGUACUGUAUAAUGUGUCUUUGACCAACACUGAUUAUGAUGAAGAUGUUGACGAAGGAUCGACUGUCACCGACUUUUUACCUGCAGAGCGAGCGCGAGGUAUCACCAUUCAAUCAGCAGCCAUCACCUUUGAUUGGCCUCCAAAGAACCCUCAAGCUCCACCAUCUCAGCCACCUGCUUCUUUCGAUGCUAUACCAUACUCUUCAUUCUCCCACAACGUCAACCUGAUUGAUACACCCGGACACGCCGACUUCACCUUUGAGGUCCUCCGCUCGCUCCGCGUGCUUGAUGGCGCAGUAUGCAUCCUGGACGGCGUUGCCGGUGUUGAAGCGCAAACUGAAAAAGUCUGGACCCAAGCAGGAACCUAUCAAAUCCCCAGGAUCAUCUUUGUGAACAAACUUGACCGGGUUGGUGCGGCUUUUGCACGGACUGUAAAAGAGAUCGGUGUGAGAUUGCAUGGUUGGCCUGCAGUAUGUCAAAUACCGUGGUGGAAAGACGGAAAUGGCGACUUUGUUGGCGUCGGCGAUGCUGUCAAUUUGAGAGGUCUGCUGUGGCAAGCCUCGACCGAUGGGAGUCAGAUCCAGCCUUACACUCUCAAGCAGCUCGAAGGCGUUGAUAAGAACUUCGCCGACGAGCUCAAGAAAGCUCGAAUUGCACUGGUGGAGCUCUUGAGCGAACAUGAUGAUGUAAUGGUCGAGCUCUUCUUGGAGCACGACGAAGAUCAUCUUGCAAUCCCGGGCCUUCAGAUUAUGCAAUCGCUUCGUCGGACCAUUCUCCAGGCGCCCCAAACCGUCAUACCAGUCUUUGCCGGUGCCAGCUUCCGGAACAUUGGCGUGCAGCCUCUCCUUGACUCUGUAGUCGACUUGCUUCCUUCUCCACUCGAACGACCAGAUCCAGAGAUCACUGUCGGGAACCAGAAUAGUACUCUCAGUGAGCUACUUCAUCCAGCAUCGAAGGCUCCGAUUCCGACACAGAAGAAGAAUAAGAAGGACGAGAACGCAGUUGGCCCGGCGGAAGCCCGCAGUCUCUCGGCUUGUGCCCUGGCUUUCAAGGUGGUAAACGACGCCAAACGGGGCAUGCUCGUAUACGUUCGUGUCUACAGCGGUACGCUUGACCGUGGUGCUGUUCUCUACAACACCAAUCUUCACCUUGCCGAACGCGCUCCUCGUCUUUUAAAGAUGUAUGCGAACGAUGCCGUCGAAGUUGACUCACUGUCAUCGGGCCAGAUUGGUGUCAUUCCAGGCCUCAAGCACGCACGUACAGGAGACACACUGAUCUGGUGUAAGGGUUUGCCCAUGAAGGCACAGCCUCCUGGUGGACUGAAAAGCCUACAGCUGAGGCCAAUCAACGUCCCCCCUCCUGUCUUCUUCACCAGCAUUGAACCGCAUAGCCUGAGUGAGCAAAAGCAUGUACAGGAGUGCUUGGCCAUUCUCCUGCGGGAAGAUCCCAGUUUGCAGCUCUCCAUUGAUGAAGAAAGUGGUCAAACACACCUUGCGGGGAUGGGCGAUCUUCACUUGGAGAUCGCUCGUGAUCGCCUGCUCAACGACUAUAAGGCCAAAGCACGCAUCGGUAAGAUCGAAAUAGGAUAUCGCGAGACGAUUACAUCGUCCACAUCUCCCAAUACCUACAUCCUCGACAAGCCAAUAGCAAGCAAACCGGCCAAAGCAGGCAUCACGGUUGCUUUGACACCCAUCGAUGACUUGAUUGUACCUGCAACGCCAUCCGCACAGACGCUGCUGGAAGAUGGUCCCUUCGAAACCACAUACUUCCUACCCGACAAUUGUACAUUAUGCAUCACGCAUCCCAAUCUCUCUCGUCACGACUCCAGUGGCCACAAGAAUCACAUUCCGGCGCAUCUCAGCCUUCCUGGUAUCUUGUCCUCCGUACACUCCGGUGCGUCGGCAGCACUAGCUCGGGGACCUUACAACGGCUACCCUGUUUCCAAUACGAGGAUCGAAGUCAACAUAGACGCAGCAGCACAUCUGUUCAACGAGACGACGCCAACAGCAAUCUCAAUGGCCACCAGAACAGCCGUCCAAAACAGCCUGGGAGUAGCUAAUGACACCAGCCCAGCAGUUCUCAUGGAACCUGUGAUGCUCGCCACCAUUUUUGUGAACGAAGCCUCCCUCGGCGCCGUCGUCCAAGACAUAUCCUCGGCUCGCGGAGGCCAGGUGCUCUCCCUCGAUUCAUCCGACGCGCCUAUCCCUACAACGUCGCUUACAUCUGAAAUGCCUACGAUCGAUCCAAAUCUGAUUUACACCCCACCUGAUCCUUUCUCGUCUGGGAUUAAUGAUGUUGGGUCUGGACUUGGAGACAGCCAAAGGCAAAUCGUGGCGAGGGUGCCGCUGAAAGAGAUGGUGGGGUAUCUGAACCAGUUGCGUGCGUUGACGGGUGGGAGGGGGACCUUCGUGAUGACUGUGGAUGGGUUUGAGAGGAUGGCGGCACAGAGACAAAAGGAGGUAAUGGAUGCGAUGAGGGAGUUUGUUUAA